AUGUAUGAUGUGUAUGUGUUUAAUGAUUUUACUUCUUUUUUUCACAAAGUGUCGAACACAGAAGUCCCGCGAGUCAGGUUUGAAAACCCCGUGCUGGGCUUGUCAAAUCUUGUAGACAAGAUCGCUGCACCCGAGUUCAAAAAUAGUGCUGCGGUUUCCACUGAACGCGGUAUACCAACGAGCUCUGGAAAAGCCAAGCGUAAAACAGUCGCUCAGGUCCACAGCGCGGGUGUCGCUACGUCGAAACGUAAACGAUCAAGAUCUCCCCCACGAUCGACAGACGAGUCAGCUGUGAAUGAACCGAGCACUAUAGACUCUUGUUUGAACUGGAAUCAGGAGCUGUUAGAUUCGUGGGACGCAUGUGUAUUUACCCCGGUUCCCGGAGACGAUCUGCCUUCAAACCAAGAAGCAUUUGGUCGCGAUGCUACUGAUGUUAUAGACAAUAACAGAGACUCGGCGGAGGUGAUACGAACCGGGUUCAAGGCCAUCGAGGACCGUAUUGGUGGUUUUGAAAAGACUUUUGCCAGCGUCACCGAGCGUCUGGACAUUAUAGAGAAGAAUCAGCGUCUUUAUAAUCAAAGUCUUGUGGAAACUUUACAAAAACAUACCAUCACACAUAAAGAAAUCAUAGCAAACCAGAGGCGUCUUAUUGGGGACAUUCGUCGCGUUGAUCACAAUCAACACCUGACGGCGGAAUUGUUAAAACAGUUUGUACAGUUAGUUAAAAACAAGAAACUCGGGUGA